UGCAUUCAGUAUUGAAUUAAACUUGAACAAAUCAACACUCAAAAAAUGGCAAAUAUUUUAAAUGACUCGGAAAUUUUAAAGAUUUUACAAAAUUCUGAAGGCUCUAAAGCUUUUUCGGUUGUUAAUUGGACUUUAACUGAGAAAGGAGGAGCUCUACUGGGAUUUCUCGGAGGAUAUUUCAGUUUAAAAAUUGAAGCUGUCAUCGAUGGCCAACCAGCGACGAAAAUCUAUUUUGUGAAGACCCUUCCAGCAAGUGCCCAACAAAGUGAGUUCAUGGAUGGCAUGAAUCUCUUCCAAAAAGAAGCUGACAUUUAUUCCAAGAUAUUAGCUUCCAUGCCAAAUCAUAAAACAUCAAAAUGGACUCCGAAGCCUUACUACUGUCGCAAAGAUAUUUUAGUUCUGGAAGACUUGACACUCGAAAAUUUCCAAUUAAUGCCGCCACGUCAGCAGUUCACAAAGUCUCACGUUCAGUUGGUGCUGAAAUGUUUGGCAACCUUGCAUGCCAAUAGCUUUUAUUUGGAAAAAAGUGUUUUAAAAAAGCCUUUGAACGAAGUUCAUGAAGAUAUUUUCUUUGAAGUCUCGAUUACUGAAACAAACGAGUGGUUUACUUGUGGUGUCAGAGCAAUUAAGACAAUCGCAAUGAGUCGCACUCGAUUCUCAAAAGACCCGCAACACGUAAAAUGGCUUGAAGAUAAUUUCGAUAACGUUAUCUCGAAAAUUUAUGCCAUGAAAGAUAAUUGCCCGGAGAGAUUUACGAAAAUUUUCUGCCAUCGUGAUAUUUGGCGAAAUAAUUUGAUGUUCAAAUUUGGAAAAAAUGAGAAAAAUGAAGAUGAUUUCCGUAAUCCGCUUGAAUGUGCCUUGAUCGAUUAUCAAAUUGCGACGUACCAACCGCCAGGUGUUGAUGUAGCAAUGACUCUCCUAAUGUUGCAACAACGAAAGGAGAGAGAAAUGGAUUUUGAUGAAAAUCUCAAGUAUUAUUUUGAGCAAUUGACAGAUUCAUUGAAGGUCUUAGGGUUAGAUGUUGCAGAUAUUUUGUCAUUUUCCGAACUUUUGGAGACAUUUGAGCAUUUUAAAGUAAUAGCAGCCACUUUAAAAUGUAUUUUUCUGCAAAUGACUCAUUUGCCUGAAGGAGAAAUUGAGAAAUUUCAUUCAAACGAUGACGAUUACCGGCAAUUUAUAUUGAUCGAUCGUGGAGAUACGCUCGUGAAAUAUAUCGAUACUGAUGAUUUCUUCAAAAGUUGGAUGGUUGAAGCUGUCGAAGAGUUGAUUGAACUGUUAAUGAGUGAUAAAAAUGAUCUUAACAAUGUUUAAAUGUUCGAAUCUGAUCAAAAUUCAAAUAAAUUUACUGGUUAUAAUGGUCAAAAAUAGA